CUAAAAACAAAGAAGAAAUCCCAGAAGCCGCUGCCUCGCCGCAGUUGAGAAUUUCCACAGCAGCGCCAAGAUGAACUCGUUCAAGAAGGAGCAUCCGUUCGAGAAGCGACAAGCAGAAGCCCAGCGCAUCCGCUCCAAGUACCCGGACCGAAUCCCGGUGAUCUGUGAAAAGGCUGAUCGCAGCGAGAUCCCGGACAUUGACAAGAAGAAGUACCUUGUCCCCGCCGACUUGACGGUGGGCCAGUUCGUGUACGUCAUCCGAAAGCGCAUCAAGUUGAGCCCCGAGAAAGCCAUCUUCAUUUUCAUCAACAACGUGCUGCCUCCCACGGCGGCGCUCAUGUCGAACAUCUACGAAGAACAAAAGGAUUCGGAUGGGUUUCUCUACAUCACAUACAGUGGCGAAAACACUUUCGGGAGCAACGACCUGGUUGUCUUGGAUGAUUAGACCUCGACUGACGUAUAUAUAUAUAUAUAUUUGUCGAACCACC